AUGUAUAAGCAAAUAAAAAGAAAAAUGGCUCCUAUUACUCCUAGAACCCCUAGAUCUAAUACUAGAAAUAGUCUUACUCAUGUUGCAGUUGGUUUUGUUGAGCAACAUCUUGUUGUAUCUGCUGUUACCCAAGAACAGUGCAUGACAGAAAUGUUAACUCGCCUUGAUAACAUGGGUGCCAUGCUUGGAUCCCUGGACAACAGAUUUAAUCAAUUCAUUGACGUUCAUAGAAGAAACAUCAAGACAGUCUUGAUCAGAGAAAAGAUCUGGAAAAAAGACUUCAGAUCUAAUAAUCCUACUGAGAUUGCCAAUAAUGAAGCAAGACAAAGAUUGAAUGUAGAUGAAUGGAUUGGCCAUUCCAAUAAUGUUGUUGUUGUUGCAUACUUGCAGAAGUAUAUCCAUGCCCAACCUCAAGCUGAUAUCUACACUAGGUACUGGAGGGGGGUAGGCAAGGAAAUGGAUCUCACAGUUGAAGAAGAUUUCAAGAUGGCUUUUUUUGAUACUAUCCAAAAAGGGACUAUGUUGGACGGCAAGUCUGACACAGAGAAACUUUUCUCUGAGUUCCCAGUGCGUAUGUUAAAAGUUGUCUGUCCCAGCUGGAGAAGCAAUAAAUUCAACAAGUUUCUGGGCUUGAUUGAUGAAAGCAUGCAAUCCAAUCAUAAAGCAAAAGGGAAUGCGAAGCUAAGAAUGCCCAGGUUUUUGAGAGGAGAAAUAGAUGUUGCUGUACCAUGUUGGCUGAUUUUGUCACUGCCUUCCUAG